CCCAUGGUCGCAAAAAGUCAUCUGCCCCCCCUCCGCCACUCCCACAGGCCAACACUAGCGCCAGGAGAGCCCCCACCUCCUCCACACCCAUGGCCACAGGUAGCAAGGCUGGCACAGUCCAUGGCCGCAUGUGGUGCGGCGCCGGAGGCAGCAGCAGGAGAGGCUGCAGGUGUGGCAACUGCAGGGGCGGUUGCAACAGUGGCAGCCAUCAGGACCGCGGCAAAGGAGGCUGCCGCAGGAGUCACCGCAGGGGCAGCUGGGGGGGUGGUCGCGGCGGCGGCAGCAGCAGCUGGGGCUGCAGCAGAGACGGUGGCAGCGGGAGCAUGGGCAGCGGCGCCAACAGCUGGGGCCUCCGUGGAGGAGGCGGCAGCAAUGGAUCAUGCAAGAGGUGCAUCGGCUCGGGCUCGGGCUCGGGAUGCGGCAGAGGCAGUAGCAGCAGGGGCCACAGGGGCAGCCGGGGCGGAUUUGGGGACAGCAGCAACAGCAGGCGCCCCUGCAGAGGCGGCAAAGGCGGGAGCAGCGGCGGUGCAGGCGGCGACAGCGGCAGGAGCUGGAGCUGCCACCGCAGAGGAGGCAGCAGCAGCCGAUCUUGCGAGGGGCGCAGCGACCGGGGCUCGGGAUGCCGCAGAGGCGGUGAUGGCUGGGGCCGCUGCAGCGGCCAGGGUGGCUGCCGGGGAAGCAGACGAAGGACAACAGGAAGGGCAGCUGGGGCGGCAGCAGGGAAGGCAGCAACAGCAGCAACACGGGCAGCGGCAAGAGGUGCUGCACGGGAGAGGGCAGCGGGAGCCGCUGCAGGAAGGGCAGCAGCUGCGGCAGCUCCAGCAGGAGGUGUGGUGAGAGAGACAGCAGCCGGAGCGGCUGAAGGGGCUUCACCAGCGGCGCAGGGCCCUCGCCGUGGGCUACAACCCAGGGCUAUGGGCGGGGCGGCCCGAGCCUUGGCGUUUUUGGCGGACCCCUGUACACCCGAGCCAAUGAUCGGGACGCAGUCUCACCACUCCCUCUCCCCCCACACCCUCCCCUUACAGCCGAGUGUGCCCCACGAGGCGGCCGCCGAGGAUGGCUCGGACAAUGAUGGCCCGCUCGCCGGAUAUAUCUUGGAGCACAAACAACAGCCGGGCAGGUUGCUCCCUCCCCCUCCCCACCCACGCAGGCUGUCGCGCCGGACGCCUCGACCUGGGUAGCACAAGGAGGGGCGGCUCUUGCCCAACCCCCCUCGUCAGUCCGCCCCCAACCCUGUUCCACCCCAGGUUUCAUGUCCCGCACGGCAGGCGACCACGGGAGUGCCUCCCUCUUGGGCCCUCCCUUGUCACUUCCGUCUCACACACCCUCCAGCCCAGCGCUGGGGCACCCACCCUUCCCAC